GCACCUCACGCGUCAUUGUGGGAAGCCGCGAGCUAGGCUUUUAGUGCGCAGCCUGAGGAAAAAGUGAUGGACCCUCAACCUCACGAGACAUCACUUAUUUAAAUGUCUUGUGCACACUGUUACACCCCUCUCACUGCUGGAAAAGCCCACGCAAUCUCGCUCGACAAUGGCUGAUCAAUUCAUCGGUUUCGACCUCAGCACGCAGCAAUUGAAGGGAAUUAUCGUGAAGUCGGACCUCAAGCUUGUGUACGAAGGGAAAGUCGACUUUGAUGCUGAUCUCGCGAAAUAUGGCAUCGAGAAGGGUGUGCUUACGAACCCGGCCGAGGGCGAGGUGUUCGCGCCGGUAGCCAUGUGGCUUGAAGCCAUCGAUUUGGUCCUGCAGCGGUUGAAGGAGCAGGGUGCGGAUUUCUCGAAAGUACAGGGCAUCUCCGGGGCCGGCAUGCAGCAUGGAACCGUGUUCUGGAGUCGAGACGCGGCGACGCUGCUUGGCGGGCUUGAUGCUGGGAAGACAUUGCUGGAGCAGCUGGAGGGUGGAGCGAAAGGAGAGAGGAGAGGCGCUUUCAGCCAUCCUUUCAGUCCGAAUUGGCAGGACGCCAGUACGCAGGAGCAGUGCGAGAAGUUUGAUGUCGCCUUGAAGAACCCGGAGACCCUGGCGGAGGCUACGGGAAGCAAAGCUCACCACCGCUUCAGCGGCCCACAGAUCUUCCGAUUCCACCAGAAAUACCCUGAAGCGUACAAAGCUACCUCCCGCAUCUCGCUCGUCUCUUCCUUCAUCGCAUCGAUAUUCCUUGGAAAGGUGGCGCCUUGGGAUAUAGGCGAUGUGUGCGGAGCAAACCUGUGGGAUAUCAAGAAUGGCCGCUGGCAUGAAGAUCUGCUCGCGCUUGCGGCUGGAGACGAAGGCGUGGAAGAUCUGAAGGGAAAAUUGGGAAAUGUGCCCGAGGACGGCGGGAGCAGCUUUGGCACUAUCUCUCCCUACUUCGUGAAGCGAUAUGGCUUCCCGUCAUCAGCUCAGAUCAUCGCGUUCACAGGCGACAACCCUUCGACUAUUCUUGCUCUCCCGCUUCGCUCCUCGGAUGCCAUUGUCUCCCUGGGCACUUCUACGACCUUCCUCAUGUCGACUCCGCAGUACAAGCCCGAUCCAGCAUACCACUUCAUGAACCACCCCACGACAGCCGGCCUGUACAUGUUCAUGCUGUGCUACAAGAACGGCGGCCUAGCACGCGAGCACAUCCGCGAUGCCAUCAACAAGCUCUCAUCUGCCGGCGACUCCAAGACCUGGGACCUCUUCAACGAGACCGCAAUCAGCAGCCCCGUUCUCGGCCAAAACGACCCUUCCUCAGACCCCAUGCGUCUCGGUCUCUUCUUCCCUCGCCCGGAAAUCGUGCCCAACGUCAAGGCCGGCACAUGGCGCUUCCUAUACAAAGACGGGCAGCUUUCCGCUGUCCCACCUCCAGGAGCCCAGGGCAAGACCGAAGACAAGUCAUGGCCCAUUCCCCAAGCCGACGCCCGCGCAAUCCUCGAAUCGCAAUUCCUCUCCCUCCGCCUCCGCUCGCAAAACCUCGUCGAACGCCAAGGCGACCUCCCCCCGCAGCCGCGCCGCAUCUACAUGGUCGGCGGCGGUGCGGCGAAUAGCGCCAUCGCUGAGCUCGCCGGCGAAGUCCUCGGCGGCGCAGACGGCGUGUACAAGCUCGACAUCGGCGGAAAUGCGUGCGCGCUGGGCGCUGCGUACAAGGCUGCGUGGGGCGUGCAGAGGAGGGAAGGAGAGAAGUUUGAAGAUUUCUUGGAGGCACGGUGGAAUGAGGAGACGUUUGUGAAGAAGAUUUGUGAGGGGUAUAGAAAAGGGACUUGGGAGCGGUAUGGGGAGGCGCUUAAGGGGUUUGCGGCGGUGGAGCAGAGGGCUAUUGAGGAGAGAGGGGAGAGCAAGAUGGCGGAGGAGAAUGCCGGGGGAAAGGUGUCGUAGAGUGAGUGGGUGGGCGAGUGAACGCAAGGUAUCUUUCGGGGUAGGAACUUGUUCAUGUCAACAUUGCAUCUGAUCCUUCGUGCUCUUUAAUGAGUUCUUCUGAGCUCUAAAGCUUGAUUUAGCGGUAUUUUCC